GUAAUGUCUCAUUGGCAGCUGCAUGAACUGAGAAGGAGGAGUAAUCAGGGAGAGGAUGAGUAAAAGCAGAGCCAGAUAGAGAUCAACUCAGAAAUAAAGACAGAGCCUCGCUGCACCAGAAAAAUGGGGACUGAUAACACCACUUCCACUGGGGUUGCCACACAUGUGCAGAGGGCCUCCCUGGCCAUCUACUGUGUGAUACUUAUAGUUGGGACUCUUGGCAACAGUCUGGUUAUCUACGUGACAGGCUGCAAGAUGAGGAGAACGGUUAACUCAGUUUGGUUUCUGAACUUGGCCCUGGCUGACUUCCUCUUUAUGAUCUGCCUGAUUUUCGCGAUCAUUUCUAUCUCUCAGGAACACCAAUGGCAGUUUGGACUAGUCAUGUGCAAGCUCAACAACUUUCUGAAUGCAGUCACCACGUUUGCCAGUAUCUUUCUUCUGACAGCCAUAAGUCUGGAUCGUUGCCUCUCAAUAUGUUUGGUGGUGUGGGCACAAAACAAGCGCACCGUUUGCAAAACCCAGCUCAUAUGCGUUAUCAUCUGGAUGACUGCUGGGGUCUGCAGCGCUCCUAUAGCGUAUUUUCGGAAUUUUGGGGAAAUGAAUAAGAAGAUGUACUGUUUUUAUUCUGCAUCAAUUGAACAACUGUGGAGUCUGUAUAUUUUUCGCUUUGUGAUAGGCUUCCUCAUCCCAUUCAUGGUAAUAUGUGUAUCUUAUGUGGCCAUAAGUGUUCGUGCUAGGCGUCUGCAGAGGACAAGAACAAAGAGAUCUAACCGAAUCAUUUUCUCUGUCGUUCUUGCAUUCUUCAUCUGCUGGUUGCCCUAUCAUGUUUUUAUGUUUAUUGAAUUAGCGUCCAGAAAGAACGAAGAUCUCAAACAUAUUGCUAUGAUUGUCGGUCCUCUGGUUGUGAGUCUUGCUUUUAUGAACAGCUGUCUGAAUCCUAUUCUCUACGUUUUCUUGUGUGAUGAAUUCCAGAAAAAGCUCAAGCAGUCCAUAUGCUCUGUGCUAGAAAGUGCCCUGACAGAGGACCACUUGUCAUUUACGUCCUCUCGCUCCUUCUCGUCACACUUUUCUCGGGUUACCCGGAAGUCUGACUCUUCUGAACCUGUGGAGAGGAAAGCCUCAUCCUGUAACACCGAAAGCCAAGUGAUUAUCACUGGGAAGAGAGACACUGAGCAAUGAUUAAGACUGUAGUCCGAGUCCACAAUAACAAAAAAACUAACUCGUAAUCAAUGGUGAGAAAAGUAGAGCACAAACUGAAAAUGACAUGUUGAAUUAAUUUGGUCAGUCAAUCUGUGCACAGAAACAAAUAGUUGAAUAUUUGUAUCAGGUGUUUUCACUUCCUCCCUGACUCCCCUGUUACUUAUGUUGCACCUGUUACAACUUCCACCUUUUUUCUCAUUACUACAUUCAUUUCGAUGACAUCACAUAGCUCCCAAUAUGAUCCAGGUCUGUUCAGCCAGAAUGAUUGAAAACACCUGUGUGGGUGUGCUUUAAGAUGUAAAUAUUAAGUUCUUUGUGUAUUUUGUGUUCUUUGUGUAACUAUGAAUUAUUUUGUACCAUGAAACGGAAACCAUCAAGUCAUCAGAUAUGGAUUUGCCUAUAAUUCAUAUGACCAAGAGACCAGUUUUAUGUUGAUGUUUGUAAGCUUUUGAUGCUCCAGUUUGUUUACACAUGGGUAUCGACAGGCUAAUCGUCCAUAGCAGCAUUCGUGAUACUGUCACACAAGACAAUGCUUUAAUAAUUGAGCUACAUGCAUGUUAAUACAGUGAAUAAAAGCAUAUUUUUGA